AAUCUAGAAGAAGUUCUGUUGGUUCAAUCAACUCAGAAACUGCUGGUGAACCUUUCCAUCAACAGGCAUUAUCUACAAACAAGAAUACUUCAAAGCCUCAAAAGAAGGAUCAAUCCUGGUUAUUAUUAUUGAUAUUAGGUGCUUGAAAAAACCAUUCUUUUCCAUUAUGCCUUUACUUUGUCCCACUUUUGAUGAAGAUACUGCUAAAAUCUCAAAUCCAUAUUCUGUUGAAAAUAAAUCUUUAUUUGAUGUGACUGAUGUUGAGUCUUGUUAUAGUGAACUUGAACUUGACAAUGAAGAAUUGGAAGAAAAAAAAGACCCAAAUCCAUUAAAAUGGUUUGAAAAUCCAGAACAUAAUAGAUUUGCUAAAGUAUUGAUUAAGGAUCUUCUUUUGAUUGGGUUUACAUUCAUUAUUGUUGUUAUUGAUCACAUUUGUGCGCCAUGUGAGUCUCUUUGUGCCUUUGUUUCAUUUACACUAGGUGUCGUGGUAAAUUGUUUCAGUAUAUUUUAUAAAGAAUAUUCAUCUAAUCUAGCUUGGAUUUCAUUCUUCAAUGGGGUUGUGGUUUCUAUUAUUGGCAUCAUUAAUAAUUUACAUGUUCUAUGGCUUGCUGGAUUGUUGGAAAGUUCUGGGUAUUUGAAAGAGGAUGUUUUCAAAGCUUUUGGGAUGGUGAAUGAGUAUUUACCAUUUAUAAAUAUUUUGGGGUUCAUUUGUUUGGUUUGUCUUAGUGGGUACAUCCAUUACCUAUUGUUGAAG